GAGGCAAUCUCCGAUCUCUGUAAACCCUCGAUGAGGUUCUCCGCCGAUUAGCAACUGUGCCAUGCCGAUAUCCUCCCUCCUCAUGAGGUUCGAGCCGGGAUCCAAAUCGUCAUUGUUCUCAAUUUCCUCAAGAUGUUCAACUCUACCGAUCUGAAAAUCUCAGAUCUACCUCUGGAUUAUUUAUUUACUUCUUUUUUUUCUUUUUUUUUGUGUGUGUGUUGGUUGAUGAGAAAUCUGCAGACAGCAAAUAUACAAUUUUCUAUGUUUUGUGUGGCUUUAAUUUUGAAAGAUGGUAAUUGUUUGUCGAAUUUGAUAUAUAGGUUGGUAGGAAGUCAAGCAUCAGGUGGGUCAGAUUAAGGAAUAUUGACGGAUGUUUCAUGGAUUUUUUUUUUGCAUGCAGAUCUUUCUUUUGGAUAUGCAGUCUCUGGUGAUCUGCAUCUGCAAUUGCUAGAGAUGCUGUUUGUGAAGACGGAUGCUCAUAUAUGAUCAUGAUGGAGAAGGUGCUUCCGUCCCUAACUUUCAAACUUCAUUAUGAUGUUACCAUUCCCAAGCCAAAAAUCACGUCCUGAGCAUUCUUAUUAUUGCAAACGGUUAUCUUGAUUUAGGUUUCUUCUUCAUCAGAUGAGUUGUACCUUUCAGGACUUGCCAAUUUUAGCACUGCUUGACUGCAUGCAAGGUGAUGAUCUCUAGCUCCUUCAAAGAUACAGGACUUUGCAAAUUCCCAACAGUUGCUCUUUUCUGACAUCGUGCAGAUAAUUUAUCGGUGCUGGCGCGCUGUGGUGCGAUGGCACCCUAUCUUCUUGCCCUUUUCCCCCUCUCCCCCCUAUUCUGUCGUCCCUCAUCUUGCUCUCAUCCCAUUUUCUUACGGGUUGAUUCAAUUUGCAAAUUGUUUUUUUAUGCUUUUUAUGGUCGGAAAAAAUGCAUUAACGAGUGACAUAAAAUAUAGUAGUAAUACAGCUUCAGCCGCAUGCACAGGCUGUUUAAACAUCAAAAUCCAAACAGAGGCCCUCACCCACUCGUAGAAGAUGCACUUACAGGCACUUGCCCACAGAAAGCAUUUUCAAUGCCUUCAAGCACUGUAAAGGCCGAAAAUGUCAGAUCCAAUUCAAUAACAACUCAUUUGUAGUAACCAUGCAAUACAUGCUCGUUGAUCACAUGAUCAGAUCAGAUGGAUUCAAUGUUGUUUUAGACAUCCAGAAAAGGAUCCUGGGAUCAUUUAUCGAAAGCCAUAAAUUUUUUAAAAAGCAGCAGAUAAAUCCCAGUUUCAUUCAAUGUUUAAAGGAAAUAAAAUUCAUUUGGACUUCGAAGAAUUGACAAAAAUAGCUAAUAGUGUACAAGAGAAAAUAAACAUACACAGAAAUACCUUUCAUCUCAAGCAAGCGUGGCUUUCUUUGGAGAGAAAUUGGAGAACAAAUCACCUCAUGGGUACCUCUUUCUAUUCUACUCUUUUUACUGAAGUAUAUUCACAAACAACUCAGGUCGAGAAAUCACCCUUCUCAAACAGAUUUGACAACCAAAGGAAGCAAGUAGAAAUUUAUCAACUGAAAAUCUACUUAUGUUGUCAGUUUCAUUUUCAGAAUGUUGAUGAUAUUUUAAUGGAAAAUUAUUCCCAUUGACAUGCAUGUAUAAUUCCCAAAGGAUUGCUAGAAAUGUAGUUAAAAAGAAGAUGAUGUACUUGGGCAAGUUUGCACAGAUUGGUCAUCUUUAAAAACUACAGUUUUCUCAGUCAAUUUCUGAGCUUCACCUGUUUUGAGCAAUUUCUUUCUAGAGUCUGCUCCAAGAAAACCUCCAGUGACAAAGUCAUACAUAUGACCCCACCAUUCUAAAGAAGUAUCUUCAGUUUGGUUUCCUAUCACAUAAUAUUCCACAAGCAAUAAAUCACUAGCAGGAAAAUAUUAACAAAAAAAAAAAAACAAAUAUUAACACCUAUCGGAUAUAAUGAAGAGGCCCUCAGACUUUCAACAAAUUUCAAAGCAAUAUUCUGAAAAAGAAAAUAUGAAUUUCUAAGCCAUUUGUUCUCAUUAUGAAUUGGAGGUUACUUCAAAAAAUUUACUCUCACUAGUCAUCUUCAUCA